AUGAAUCAGGUACUGGCUCGUCCCUCGUCGUCGGAGGGACAGAGCAGCAGAUCCCCCGCCAUUCAAGUGCCCAACCACGCCGUCCAUUUCCGCGCGCCGCCCUCCCGCAACGGCCAUGUCAACCUGGGUACUUUCUCACCCGUCAACGAGAACGGUAGCUUCGAAUUCGACCGCGUCUUGAAGUCCGGAAAGGUUUGCCGUCGCGUCAAGCACAAGCAUGUCUUCCGCGCCUCUUGGAAACCCGCCUACCUCGUCCUGCGCCCCAACCUUCUCUCCGUCUACAAGGACGAGGAGGCUACCCGUAUCCGCAUCUCCAUCAGCCUCUCCGAAGUGACGGCCGUCGCGCCGGUCAAGUCUCCCCGUUCCAAUCGCCAGCACGUCUUCGGUGUCUUCACGCCAUCCAAGAACUAUCGUUUCGAGGUUCUGUCCGAACGCGACGCCGAUGACUGGAUCGAUCGCAUUCGCGCCGAAGUUCCCGGCAACGAGGACGAGGUGGCCUUCAUGGCCCUGUCCAGGAGACGCGAGUGCCCCGCAAUCCAUAAACAGCUUAUCGAAGACACGACCGACCACUCUGAUUUUGAUGUCGCCGGCCGUGCCAGCUCGCCCGAACUCGGCCGAGCACUGUCCCCAGGCCCGUCUGCCCGCAAACCCUCCUACAUUCAGGAUUACUCGGGAAACGAAAUCACUUCUUACUCGGAGCUUUCAGACGGAUCGCCGCCCACCCGGAGCAGCUACCUGCGCUCCAUGCCAUCUAUCCACACCUUAUCCCUUUCCGCCCCGGAAGACAAACCCACGUCCUUACCAACCUUACCACGGGACACGAGCAAAUACUCCGAACUCGGUAUCCUGCGCGAUCCGGAACGCGUAGUGUGCCAGGGAUACCUGCAGGGGCUGCGGAUCAAAGGAACCGUGCGGCAAUGGAAGCGGCUCUGGGUGGUGCUACGGCCCAAGAGUCUGGCCUUCUACAAGGACGAGCAGGAGUACUUGGCGCUCAAGAUCAUAUCCAUGUCACAGGUGAUUGAUGCCGCCGAGGUCGACCCCAUGUCGCGGUCCAAGACCUUUUGUCUGCAGAUCAUCGCCGAAGAGAAAACGUAUCGGCUCUGUGCUCCAGAUGAAGAGUCCCUGGCGCGCUGGCUGGGCGCGUUGAAGAGCGUCAUUGUCUUCCGCAAGAAACUCGGUGCCACCCCGGCUGUCGCGACGUAG